UGUCUUUAUUUUCGUUUUCUCUAUUCUGUAUACUUUCUUUUUUAUCCUCUUUUUAAAAUGUUAAAAGUGUUUAAAAUGAAGAAGGAAAGUAACUCAUAUAAAAGUCAUGUUUUACCUCUGCCUCAGUUGGACUCUUCAUGUGUUUCUUAGCAGAAUUUUCUUUAACUUGUUCUUGCUGCAGUUUGCUCUGACAUGAUGAUAUCGGUAUUCACGAUAUUAAUUGUCGUGUCGUAUCGUAUCGUCCUGUCGGGGACGCGCCCCGCCCCUCAUCCCUCAUCCCUCAUCCCGGCCGUGCGCGCGCACCGCCCCUAGUCCUUCUUCCAUCCACUGCAGGUUGUCAAGUUUCGCAUCUCCCGCGUUCCUCCGCGCAAAUCUAAACCCGCAGCGUGUUUUUCGCUUCUCCAUGUCAUGAAGACGGAGGCGCUACGAACCGGAUCGAUGCGACUGGAGGCUCCGUUUCUGGAAACGAUCAGCUUCUGGAGCGACCGCGGCGAUGCGCUCCGUCCUCCCUCCACUCCUCCUCGCAUGUGUUCAGACUGCAUUGCUACUAUGUAGCUUCCUGCAGGUGCUAGCAGUGGAUAAUGUGGAUUUCGGUGAGCAUGUGGAGACACAGACAGGAGCGAGAGACCGUCUGAGCAGAAAGCAUCACCGAGUGUACCAGCUGUACAGCAGGACCAGUGGAAAACACGUGCAGGUGCUGGGAAGGAAAAUCGCCGCCACUGGAGAAGAUGGGGAUAAAUAUGCCCAGCUCGUGGUGGAGGCUGACACCUUUGGGAGUCAGGUGCGAAUUCGGGGCAAAGAGACCAACUUCUACCUGUGCAUGAACCGCCGAGGGAAACUGGUGGGCAGGAAAGCCAACAGCGCAAAUGCUGAGUGUGUCUUCAUUGAGAUGGUUCUGGAGAACAACUACACUGCCUGGAUGUCAGCACGUUAUACAGGCUGGUACAUUGGCUUCACCAAAAAGGGCCGAGCUCGCAGAGGGCCGCAGACUCUCCCGAAUCAACAAGAAGUGCACUUCAUGAAACGUUUUCCACCCGAAAACAAUGAAUGGUAUUACUGCCCCACAACGGAUCUGGCUCCUCUUUGCAACUUUUCUGGACCAGAAUUUAGCUCUGUUCUCCAGCCAAACCAGAGCUCCAGUCGGUUUCUUUCAACGGCUGCUCAAGACGCAUAAUAUCUUUUCUGGUUGGUGGUGUGGUCAGAGCAGGAGAAGAGGUGGAUGGAGGAGGUGGAAGACAGGAAUUGAUACUAAUGAACUCUGUACCAGCAAACACAGGCAACAUAAAAAAGAAAAAAAAUAAACCCCAGCCAAAAACCAUCUUCCCAACUGGCCUACAUUCAGUCUCAGAAAAUAGUGAAUAGGUUUCUGAUAGCAGAUAAAGAUGUGUAAAGAACAUCAAUAACCAUUUUUUGAUUUUGUUCUGUUUUUUUUUUUUUAAAUAAAGAAGAGAUCACUGAAGACUGGAGCAGGAACGUACAAAUGAAACGUUUUUCUUUCUAUUGUUUCUAAAGAAAAAACAAAUCACUGGUAGAAGAACCUACAAUCGACCAGAUAUUGUAAUGCAGGAGUCAGAGCAUAGUGAACAUUAUUAACUGCUUUUAGUUUAAUUUAAUUUAAAAAAUGGACUAUAGUGUUUAGAUAGAACCAUCACAUUCAUGCAUGCAAAUACACAAACAAAAAAAAAAGCCAACAUUGCCAGUUUGUUAACACUCCUUCACAGUCAAGUACUUUAUUCUUAUUAAUAAUAAUAAUAAUGUUUUUUUCCUUUAAAAAAUCUUUUCAAUAUACAACACCAUUUUAGACAAGACAUUUCUGUUUACAACUAAACCGCGAUCAGUUAGGGGUCAUUCGGAACCUAGACGAGCAGACAGCGAAAGGGACCAAGACGG